CAAGCGUCAUUUAAAUAGUGAAAUAGAAUUAUCUAAAUCAAAACUUAGAGAGAGAAGUAGUUUGCUUCCGAUUUGCUGACAUCUGUAGCAGUCUAAAAAGCUAGUUUUAGCCUCGUCGAAAGAGAGAGUCAGCCUAUCAUGUGAUUUUAAACAUGGGUUGUCUGUUGCUCCUGAAAAGUUGUCGAAAGCUUCGCUUCUCACAGAAGUUCAUUUGUUUUAGCGUAUGAACGACGUUUUGUGUUAUUCAAUAUUCCAGAUGGAAGUGAACCGUUUGGACUUCUACAUCGGUCUCUCACUGGCUGUGAGCUCCAGCGCUUUUAUCGGCGCAAGUUUCAUCCUGAAGAAGAAAGGCCUGCUGCGAUUGGCCAGCAAGGGUUCAAUGCGAGCAGGUCAAGGGGGGUAUGCUUACCUGAAAGAAUGGCUGUGGUGGGCAGGACUAAUUUCAAUGGGAGCUGGAGAGGCCGCCAACUUUGCUGCAUAUGCAUUUGCUCCGGCCACACUGGUGACUCCUCUUGGAGCAUUGAGUGUACUUGUAAGUGCCGUGCUCUCUUCUUACUUUCUGAAUGAGAGGCUGAACGUGCACGGGAAGAUUGGUUGUUUGCUUUGCGUCUUGGGUUCCACAGUGAUGGUGAUCCAUGCCCCGCAGGAAGAGGAGGUUGCUUCCCUCACUGCCAUGGCUGAGAAGCUCAGAGACCCAGGUUUCAUUGUGUUUGCUGUGUGCGUUGUGGGAAGCAGCCUGGUUCUUAUCUUUGCUGUGGCUCCACGGUUUGGACAGAAGAAUGUGAUGGUCUACAUCCUGAUCUGCUCUGUGAUCGGCUCCCUCUCUGUGUCUUGUGUCAAGGGCCUGGGCAUUGGCAUUAAGGGGCUGUUUGCUGGGACAGCAGUGCUGAAGGAACCCUUGUUCUGGUCCUUAGUCAUCUGCCUGGUAAUCUGUGUCAGCGUUCAGAUCAAUUACCUGAACAAAGCCCUCGACAUCUUCAACACCUCCUUAGUUACUCCCAUCUACUACGUCUUCUUCACUACAUCUGUCAUGGCCUGCUCAGCCAUCCUCUUCAAGGAGUGGCUGCGUAUGACCACUGACGGAGUAGUGGGAACAAUUAGUGGGUUCCUCACCAUCAUUUUGGGGAUAUUCCUCCUUCAUGCCUUCAAGGACAUUACAUUUAGCUUGGAUUCCCUCCCACUCUACCUAAGGAAGGGCCCUCAGGGCUUUCCAUGGGGGCACCAGCCUUAUGUGGCUCUUCCUAGCCAUGACAACCAAGCAGAGGAUGAAAUGAAGCUGCCCAGAGAAGGAGGCUCAAAGGGGGGAUGGGGUACACACCAAAGAGCUCCUUAACUAGGACCAAUAAUCUUGUUACUACUUUAAAUUGCUUAUUGCAAUUCUGAAGAUUUAAUACACAUCACAGUUUUACAAGGUGACAAGUUAGUUUACUAAAUCUGAAUUUCAAGUCUGUUUUACACAAUGCAGUAAGCAUUGGAUGAACAAAGUUGCCCAAAGUGAGCUUAAUGUCAGCACACUGGAUUUUAUAUAAAAAGCCGCCACAUCUUUUUCCUCUGGUUAAAAAAAAAGACAGAACAUAAUGUUAAUCGGUAGUAUGUUUUUUAUCAAUGGGAAUGUCUGUUGCACUGCUGUGUGUUUUCUUUUACAGUAUAUUGAGUAAAGGUUGAAUAUUAUUAGCCUGUAUAAGCUAAAUUAUUACCUGCCUUCUGUUACUGAAAACAAUGACCUUAUUCAUAGUUUUGCACUUUUAACCUUAUUGUAAAAAUGUAAUAUAUUGCAACUCAUUGUAAAGCCAGAAAAUGUGAUUAGCCCUGAAUGCAUUUCAAUCACAUGUUGUUGAUGAACAAGAUUGAAUAAUUCCUCUGAUGAGUUCCUGUAAUACCUCAGUAUUAUUAUAUAAAAACAGCACCAAAGAUUGUUCUUACCCUAUAAAAAUGAAUUUGCAACAUGUGCCAAGUUGUAACAUAUCUAAUGUAACUGUAGUUUGUGUGUUUGAUAUUGCUGAUUAAAACAUAAUUACAACAUUA